UGGAUGCAGUCCAACCCUGAGAUAGGCUAACAAUCAGAGAAGACUGAAGAAACGGGGGCAUGAGACUGGCAAUUGUUCCUUCAGACUGAUGUGCUCGAUUGAGGCGAACAUUAUCAGAUGAGAAUCUGAAUCAACUAGGGGACAAACGGAACCACCCAAACUGAGGUCGAUUGAUGCCAAAAAUAAAAAUAAUCGGAAUAGGAUAUGCUCGGAAUAGGACUGACUUGCGCCCUGGUUAUGUUGGAGCGCUGUUAACGGAACGAUAGUUGCUUUCUUCAAGAGGACCACUGCAACCUUUCUUGGUCUAACCAUGUCUUUUGAAUUUCGAGCGCUGCUUUUCGGAAUUGUCACUAUGUUAGUGAUAUUUUUAAUAAUUGCUGACAUUUCUGAAGUGGAAGAAGAGAUAGCGAACAUUGGAGAAUCUCAGAAGUACUAUUUGCACAGCUCUGCUAACACACUCAACAGGAGUAUUGCGUUGGUGCCCAGCCCCACUCCUGCUCUAAAAUCCAAAGGAGACAACAGCUCUUCUGUUCAGUUAGCCAGAAACAGGACCACUGCAUCCCCACCGGAAUGGACUUUUAACAGGACACUCUCCAACAUGAUCAGGAAGAAUAUCUUGAAGUUUUUAGAUCCUGAGAAAGACAUUUCUAUACUGAAGGGAACUCUGAAGCCUGGAGAUGUCAUCCAUUAUGUGUUCGACCGCAAGAGCACGAUGAAUGUCUCUGAGAACCUGUACCGUCUCCUGCCCACGGCCUCGCCAAUGAAGAACCAGCGCCACAAGCGCUGUGCCAUUGUAGGGAACUCUGGGAUACUGCUGAACAGCAGCUGCGGAUCUGAAAUCGACUCGUAUGACUUUGUCAUCCGAUGUAACUUGGCCCCAGUGGACGAGUUCACCGCAGACGUGGGCCACCGCACCAACCUGGUGACCAUGAACCCGUCGGUGGUGCAGCGUGCCUUCCAGGACCUGUCCAGUGAGGAGUGGCGUCAGCGGUUCAUUCGGCGGCUGCAGGACCUGAGCGGCAGCGUGCUCUGGAUCCCCGCCUUCAUGGCCAAGGGUGGCGAGGAGAGGGUGGAAUGGGCCAUCCGGCUUAUUCUCACGCACACAGUGAACGUGCGCACCGCCUUUCCCUCGCUCAGGCUGCUGCACGCUGUCAGAGGCUACUGGCUGACCAAUCAGGUACAGAUCAAACGACCCACCACAGGUCUUCUGAUGUACACCAUGGCCACGCGCUUCUGUGACGAGAUACACUUAUACGGCUUCUGGCCGUUCCACAGGGACCAUCAGGGAAAGCGGGUGAAGUACCACUACUACGACACGCUCACCUACGAGUUCACGUCUCGCGCCAGCCCCCACACCAUGCCGCUGGAGUUCCGGACACUGAGCUCACUCCACAGACAGGGGGCGCUCAGGCUGCACACCAGUGCCUGUAGUAGCCCUGCAGCUUGAACACCCUCAACCCCACCCCCUCUGAGAAAAAACCUCCAAAACAAUGCACAAUGCCCCCCCGGCUGGGGUGGGGGUAUUUAAGGAAGAGCACCUGUGUUUGUAUGCCAGCUCAGACCUGCAUUAGUUGGAUUCAGGGGGAUUUUGAAGAGUCAGUGUUUUUUUUUGUUGUUGUUUUUUUCUUUAAAAAAAAAAAAUACUUUUUAGAGCACAGUUAAUGCAAGCUCACUGUUUGGGAGCUCUUUGGCUGAAUGUUAACUGAAAUAACUUUAGCCCCUCUUUGCAAGAGAUGGAUUUACAUUUGAAUGUACUGACUGCCAAAAAAGGGAUUUGCAUAGUUUUUGUUUGUUUUUAAGCAUUCCAUUGUCAUUGGAAGUUUCAGGAUGUCAGUUUAACACUAAAAUGCUUAACAGGGUACACAAAUGCUUUGGCAUUUGUACACUUUGACAAGGUUGUCUGACUGAACAUCUAAAUGUGGAAGUUGAGCAUUUGAACAUGCUGGGUUUUAUGCAACUCAACAAAAUAAUUGCUUUAAAAUAGCAUUUUGAAUCCUGUACAACCAUCUGACCUGUCUGAAGUUACAACAACUCCUGAGUUGAACUUGCACAAUGUUUACGAUUUACUCGUUUGGUGUGUGUCUCACACCAAACAUUAGAGAAAAUUAUAGAACUUACUGACAUGCAACAGUAGCACACUUUGAGGGUCUGAUUGAAAUGCAUUAUUCAUGAGCCAUAAAUGUCAGUAUAUUCACUGUUUGUAAAUUUCUUAAAGAAAGCUUAAUUAAAUGUUGCAGUUUGUUGUGCCUGCAAAGUGUACAUUUUGCCACUAGAGGGAGCUGUUUUGAUGAAAUACAAACUUGUUGAGGGCUCGCUUGCCAGCAGUUAGUGUGACGGGUCAUUUUAAACAAGUGCCAGUUCAGUUAAUUCACGAGGUGUCUCUUAAAUCACAUGGUACAGUAAUGUAUUGAUUAAAAUUGAAUGUAACUGCAUGUUCAAGAGCUUAUUUAUGAAUACGGUGUUCUCCAAACAGUGCAUACAUCCUCAUUGUUCUCAAUGAAUACAAGAGGCACACGCGUGUACACACACACUCAUUCACACAGAAACACAGAGACACUGACUGACUUUUUUGGAAUGUGGCGUGAGAUAAAGUCAGUGUUGCUAUGUGACACUGCUCAGUUUAUUUCCUUAAGAUUCCAGGUUAAAAUGUUCCCAUGUCUGGUUGAACAGGUUAUGGACAAUGAGAUUAAGGAAGUUGACUGCAUCAAAACCAACAGCACUUCUAAUGUAGCUCUAGUGGGCACGUUGGAAAUACAAUAUGUGUGUUAUUGUAGGGUCAGACUCUGAGAGCCAAUAUGUGUGUUAUUGUAGGGUCAGACUCUGAGAGCCACUUUGUGUUAUGCAAAGUCUGAGAGAUCCAACAGUCAUGACUGGAAACACACCCAGCUGUUCACACAAUGAUAUUUACACAGGCCUGGUCAACAGCAAACUCUCCUUCAGCUUCCUCCCUCUGUUUCCUUGACCCAUUCUGAGCUUUUCUAGAUAACACUAACUUAAAUUCAGUUUGCUUUUACAUGAUGGUCUUCCUCAGUUUUAAAAAGAUAACAGUGAAGAUUUAUUUCCCUCAUAUUUGCUACUGUGAUCGUUUGUGACAAUUAUAUGAGCAUUUCUGUCAUCUUUUAUAAAAAAAAAAUCAGUGUCCUACAAUUUCAUCAUGAUUAUUUUUCAUUUAUCUGACUGCCGUUUCUCCUCUUGACUGUUCACUUGGCAAAAAAAUGCAUCAACAAGUCUCCUGCAAUAAAUAGCCAAAUUAAAUGUUUUCAGUGAAUUGCAUUUUCCCAUUUUAGCAACAUGUUAUGCAUUCCUGAGUUUUCCUACAAGCGGUGGUUUUUGUGGCUGCCUCUAAGGAAUAAGAAAGUAGAGGACAAGCUUUACAGAAAUUAGACAAAAUAUUUGAAAUAUUUCAAGUGCUCACCAGGAAACCUAGCAACGUCUCAUGUGUCCCCAACCAUGUGAUUUGUCCACAUAAAAAAAAUGUGUUGUUUGGACAUGAAACAUCUGAGACGUUCCAUGUUGCUCUUAUUAUGCCUCCAGUUAAGCUAAAAAUAGAUAAGAGACUUGCCAUAGACGUCAGCAGACCAUCCGGAGCAAUGAACACAUUUGUCCAUAAAAAGCGCAUUUGUGUUCUUCAAAAAUAGAAACAGCCUGAGACCAAUAGUACUAAACCUAAUUAAAAGAGCAAAGCCUGCCAUCGAGGUCACAGCUUGAGAGGAUGUUCUGGAGAGAUGUUCAUAUUUCCUGGUGUCAAAAAUGUUAAUAAUUACUUGAAUGUCAUUUUGCAGAGAAAGGGCCUCCUUGUGUUUUUGCCUUGAAGCACAGAUAAACUUUUCAGACAGAUGAACGCUCCUUCUUGGAGGUCUCAACGGCCCCUUUGUUACAGCAUGAAGGCAUUCUCAGAAUUGCACAUGUGUGAAUCUUUUUUUUCUUCAUAUAUUCUACUUGCUAGACAUUUUUAAUCAUUUGUCUUGAACAACUGACUGAACAAGGUCAUAAGGUAACUUGUUAGAAUUUGUUGCUUCUGUGAAAAAAGAUGUGAUGAUCAUGAACUCUGCUAAAACAGUUAACGAUGUACUGUAGUCGGAGUAAAGUAAUUUGAGACGGAAUGUCACAAAUUACCCUGAAUCUUGACUUGUUUUUGUAAAAUCAUUUAUUUUCAGACCACUUGUAGACACUCUAGACAUUGAAGUGAUGUUUUCUUAGAGGCUCUCAAAGAGCUUUCUUUUUUAAAGCAAAGAUCAAACACAGUUUGACACU